AUGUCGUUUUGGCGUUAUCUUCAUUCGAUACGCAAUUACACGAAAUUGUUUCUGCGGUUCAGUGGCAUUGGUUCGUUUCGUAAAGCGAUACCGAUGAAGCGGGUUCGUUUCAAGCCAAUCACUCGUUUCACACCGAUCCUCAGACAACAACGUUUCAUCCAGCGUUCAUCGGCCGGUCUUCUCAAACAAUUUCGAAGUGCACUUCGCAAUUUGGUUGCACUUCAGUAUGUCCCUCCGAUCGCAUAUAAGCAGAGUCGUGCUCGCGAAAAUUUAAAGUCGAAUCUGCAGCAUCGUUUCAAACUAUUAUCGAACGAACAAUUCCGAGUUAACACCAAUUCAUUGGUAUACGAUCGAAUACGUAAAGUGUUCGUCUCAAAUGUUCCAACAGAUUAUUCGUUGAUGCAUUUGCCGAACGAUAUAAAUAAUUAUGAGAUUGGUGAUUUUAUUGGAAGUGGCCAAAAUGCGGCUGUUUAUGAACUGUCAACGAUCAAUAAUCCGAGCGAUGGUAUCGAUAAGGAUAUGAAAGAUUGUCGAGAUGAUUUGGCUGUAAAGAUGAUCUAUAAUUUCAACUUUAACGAGCCUGUUGAAUCGCUAUUGGUCGACUCUCAAAGUGAAUUAGUCCCACUUUGUAAUGAAUCCAAUCUACCGAUUGGAUCGAUGAUGAAUUUUCGUCGCUUACCGAAAACGCAUCCGAAUAUAAUAAAAGUGCAUACGGCAUUCCUUAGUGAUUGGAAACAAUUGGCAAAUGCGGAUCGCCAUUAUCCAGCAGUUUUACCAUCUGUUGAAAAUUAUGGCUAUAUUCCUCAAAAUCCAAAAACUCUUUACGUUGUCAUGCAAAGAUAUCAAAUGACACUCGAUGAUUAUAUGAACAAAAUACCGAUGAAUUAUAAGAAAGCACACGUCUUACUGGGACAACUUCUAGAGGCAGUCGCAUAUUUGUACAAUCAAAAAAUAAGUCAUCGUGAUGUGAAGUUGAACAAUAUCCUUUUGAAUUUCAGCACUGAAGAUCAAUAUCCACACUUAGCGCUUAGUGAUUUUGGAUGUGCUUUUUCAACUGGUUCAUGGAAACUACAUUACAAUAAGGCGGAUAUGGAGAUUGGUGGAAAUAUUGCACACUUACCACCUGAGGUGAACAAUGCGAAACCAUCCGAGGAGACCUGGAUUGAUUAUAGUAAGGCUGAUAUAUGGGCUGUUGGUCUAAUCGGCUAUGAUAUAUUCGACAGAACUUGGUUUUCCUUAAAAGAACAGUCCCUUGAGGCGGACGAUGUGAAUUUAUCACGACCCUUAUUCAUUGGCACUACGUUGGGUCGCGUUAUGGAGGAUAUGCUUCGAAAGGAUUAUCAGAAGCGCAUCAAUCCAAACACAGCAGCGAACGUUAUCAAUAUGAUGUUAUUCGGAAUUGGUAAAGGAAUGAAGAAUUUAUUGAAUGAUUGUCAUUUGAAAGGAUGGAAUUUGCAUCAGUCGAUCAGCCAAAUUAUGGCAUCUAAAAGCAAAACUAUUCAAAACAUUGGUAAACUUAUCGACAAAGGUCUCGAUGAGGUGGCCACGUUUUUUGCUGCAGAUUUAAUUGUUUCACGACGAACGUCUGACCCUAUUCAGUAUCAGUUGCGAACAACGUUUAUGGAGCGUCUACAAAAAGAAUACGUCUGGAAUGCUGUGGAAUAUUUCGACGAUGAGAAUUGA